AUGGGGUUGCCGGCACUGUCCAUGAAGUCGGCUCUCACCAGAUUCAAGAAGGGAGACCGCGUUGUGUCCGAUACACCUGUUUACCAGGUCAAACAAUCUAAGUACGGAGGCUGGCAGAAAUUCGUCGUGAGCAGAGAAGCUACCACCGCUAAGAUACCAACAAGCACAACUUUCGAGGACGCUGCUGCGAUACCUUUCUCACUCUUAACAGCUGUUGCAGCCUUACACUUACACUUGGGAAUGAAUAAACCUGGAACAAAGUGCAGUGGAAAAGUACUAAUCUGGAGCGCAAGCGGAUCCGUGGGGGGUUACGCUGUUCAGUAUGCUGCUGGCCUUGGCUAUGAAGUCGUGGCAACCGCUUCCCCGCGAAAGUUUGAAUAUGUUCGUGGCCUCGGGGCCUCUGCGGUUUAUGACUACAAGGACGAUGAAAUAGUUUCUAAGCUGAAGAACCUCGGUCCCUAUGACUUUAUCAUGACAGCGUCAGGGGAUGCGAUAGGUGCAAGCGCUUUGAGCGAGGUCCUACAACCUGGAGGCGGCACAUUUGCUUCUGUCCGACCGCAAAGUGAUGAAAUGCAUCUUGCCGGAAAUGUCCACCUGGUCUACGACUUUUUCAGCAUGACCACCCAGAAGCCGGAAAAUACAGCUUUUACGGAAUGGUGGUAUCGUGACUACCUCCCCGGAGCUUUGGGCGGGAACGUGACCCCCACGCCCUUGGAAAAGCGACCUGGUGGCUUAAACAAAAUCCAGGAAGCUUGUGCCGACGUUUUAGAAGGGCGAGCCUCGAAGAAACUAGUGUUGGACCCCCAAGCAGAUGUAUUUGAAUAG